GCCGCCAGCACGCGUGCGCGCUCCGUCGGUGCGGCGAGCCUGCGUGCGUGAGUGGGAGGUGGCAGGCCUCAGCCUCUGGCCUUCACGGCUGUCGGUCCCGGCGCGACGUCUCGAGUCAUGAACCGGUUUGGUACCCGGUUAGUGGGAGCCACGGCUACCCCGUCGGCGCCACCGAAAGCCCGCAGCAAUGAAAACCUCGACAAAAUUGAUAUGUCUUUGGAUGAUAUCAUCAAAUUGAAUCGAAAGGAAGGAAAGAAGCAGAAUUUUCCGAGACUAAAUAGAAGACUCCAGCAAAGUGGUGCCCGGCAAUUCAGGAUGAGAGUACGAUGGGGAAUCCAACAGAAUUCUGGUUUUGGUAAGAAUAGUCUGAGCCGUCGAGGAAGAGUAAUACCUGGAAAGAGACGUCCUUAUGCAGUUAUCACUGGCCUUGCAGCCAGAAAAGCAUCUGGAAUUCGAAAAGGAAUUAGUCCUAUGAAUCGACCACCUCUAAGUGACAAGAAUAUAGAACGAUAUUUUCCAGCAUUAAAAAGGAAGACAAACCUUCUGAGACAAAAUGAAGUGCAGAGAAAACCAGUUGCAGUUCUCAAGAGACCUAACCAGUUAAAUAGAAAAAAUAAUAUUCCAGCCAAUUUUACUAGGAGUGGAAAUAAAUUAAGUCAUCAGAAAGACACUCGCCAGGCAACUUUUCUUUUCAGAAGAGGCCUGAAGGUUCAGGCCCAGUUGAACACAGAACAACUGCUAGACGAUGUAGUAGCAAAGAGAACUCGUCAAUGGCGGACUUCCACUACAAAUGGAGGAAUUUUGACUGUAUCCAUUGACAAUCCUGGAGCAGUGCAGUGCCCAGUAACCCAGAAACCACGAUUAACUCGUACUGCUGUACCCUCAUUCUUGACAAAACGGGAGCAAUCUGAUAUAAAAAAAGUUCCUAAAGGUGUCCCUUUACAAUUUGACAUAAAUAGUGUUGGAAAACAGACAGGGAUGACUUUGAACGAGCGAUUUGGGAUCCUGAAGGAACAAAGAGCCACUCUCACGUUCAACAAAGGAGGAAGCCGCUUUGUAACUGUGGGAUAGAUCCCAUGUCAAAGGGACGUUGGAGUGAUGACUCUGUUUUAAAAGUUGAAUUGCUUGAAGAGUUCGUCACAGAAAUUCAAGAAACUUUAUUUCAAAAUAUUCACAAGGCUAAAUAACUCCUAUUUUUAUUUUUGAAGUUUUUUUUUUUUUUAAUGUAUAAAUAAUGCCCUGGAAGAAUAACAGGGAAUAUACCUAUCUGUUCUUAAAGAUUUCAUGGUUGGCUCAGACAGAACAAUUCUCUAUUUGACUUCUUUGGUUCCUCAUGCAGCAGAAAGAAGACAGAGAGAUAGAAAUUGAUUAUUUUUAUGAUAGUGGUAUUUAGGAUCUCAUUGCCUUUGCCCAUUUUUUACACUUUGCCAUGGUAAAUCUUGAUCUUCAGAAAUAUUAAUAGGUCCCUUUGUUGCUGUCACUUAUCUUUUAUAGUGCUGAUGUAAUAAGUGUGGUUGACUUUUCUUCCUUAGAGGUGUAAAAAAAUUUAUUAGAAUUGCAGUUUUGGGUUUUAAGGUUUAUGGGAAUAUCUAGAACUUGGUUCAUUUUUCAGGUAACAUUAGGUUAAUCCUCCAGAGUUGUAAAUCUUUAAUACUGAACUUUUAACAAGAAAUGUGACUCUAGGCGUUAGUCUCAGUUUAAAAUGUUGGUGUGUAAAAGGCUAUAAAUGUGUUUACAAAGUUAUUUGAUAGAGCAUUGGAGGAGAAGGUCCGAUGUAAAAGCUGACAAUUUGUGUUUAGUAAAUGAAGAAAGUAUGAGAGGGAGUAGCAGGUUGAAUACAGGUAACUGAGGUGAAAAACUUUGAAACACAGGUUAUAAGUAUACUGUUUGGAUUUAGUGUAGUCUUAAAUCUAGUGUCCACAGAGAAUUCUUCAAAUAAUAUUUAGAAGAAUUAUAAUUAUUAAAAUGGAUUGAGCCCCUUAGAUAUUUUGAUAGUAAAAUUAAUAGCCAUAAAGUCCUAGACUUUCUUAUUUGAAAAGUUAAGUUUUAUAAGCUUUUGAGCUUGCUAAGUUAAAUAAUAUACAGCUCCAAAAAUGAAAAUAUGCUUGUACACAUCACAAAGAAAAAAACUGCAAAAUGAUGAUAGAGUUACAUUGUAACAUUGUUUUGUCCCUUUCACUCUGAUUUCUUGUAUAAAAUUCAGGCAUUUAUGAUGAGAAAAGGGUUUUCCCCCCCACACUCUGGAGUGGUAGGAGGAGUUAGUCUGUUGUGCCAAGUUAGUGUUGAGUCCUCAGAUGGUUGUAUACUAUAAGUUAUGGUAUAAUGCCAAAAUGCAGCAAAAUAUUCCAGUUACAAGUUUGGUCAUUUUGAAGCUUAACCUUUUGGUUUGCUAUAAUGUUAAAACCUCUAAAUAGCUGUUAGUUUCCCUAGAGUGUAUUAUUAGUGUUGAUUUUCCCUGUAAAAAAAAACAAAGCAUUAAGUUAUCACUCCUGCCUGCCUUGCAUUGUAUGCUAGACUUUAUUGUUGUCUCUCUUCCUCCUUGGGUUACUUGGUUUAUGCUAGCCACGGAAAGCUAUCAAUAACAGUUUCAUGCUUAUACCAAAGAAUUAAAUCUGAUCCUUAAUAUCUGGUAUUUUGCCAGUCAGUCUACUGAUAAGGGAUUAUUGGAAGCCAGUCAUACAAUUUGAAAAUAAACUCUAGUCUCUCCUUAGGCCAAGGACUCAUUGCGAAACUUUUUUGCAAAUAUAAAUGCUUAGAUUUGAUCCAUGAACAGUAAGUUUUAGACUGGUUUAGAAUUACUGGUAGCUUAUUUUAAAGCAAAGGAAAAACAACUGAGCACGAGUUUGCUGUCUUUAGAACAGUUUGUGAAAAUAUGGUAUAAAGUUUUCAUUUUCUUAUUUUAAAUAUUAUUGUAUAGAGCUAUUAUUAAUGCCUUUUUUUGAAAACUUUAAAAAUUGCCCCAAAUAUUGACAUUAAGUGCAUCAAACAACAGAGUGUCUUUGGUAUAUUAAACUUUUGCUCUUCAUGCAUCUGUCAUUUCAUUUUCUUUUUAAAUAUAAAAUUUUGCCUUUGUUACAACUAAAUUAAAAUUCUUGAGUGCUAACAUGUUGUAUAUAGACAAAAGAAUAUGCUUUGUUGGAGGAAAAUUUCCUUUCUUGGAAUGUGGUUGUAGUCAUCCUUUUUCAGUUCUUAAAGUUUUUUUUUAAAAACAGGAUGCAACUUAAAAUUUCCUUUGCAUCAAGGUGUAUGCAAAACAUUGAUGCAGUGCAUCACAAAAUGAACGUUUGUAUUUAAUGAGGAGAUGCUUUACACUGUACUUUUUGGUGUUUUUUGGAAAAGUUACAUUUAGAUCUAUUCUGAAGCUGUCCAUUUUUAACAAAUAAAAUGUUACAGGUCUCACAUGAUUUAUUCUUA